CGCCCGGCCCCGUGACGGGACCGUCCUGCUGGGUCCAUCCUUAGGAAGGAGCUUCCUGGCUUUGGGACAGCGAAGAGAGGAAGGGAGACCCUGGACACCAAGCAGGCAGGCAGGAUUAGACCCUGGGGUGACCUCAGGCAGCCAUGGCAGAAUGCACAGAGCUGGAAUGGGCCGUGCAGGUGCUGGUGAACAACUUUGACAAGUACUCGAGCCGCUGCUGCUGCUGCAAGAAGCCGCGGCGCAUCAGCAAGAAGGAUUUCCGCAAGAUGCUGAGCUGCGAGCUCAACCACAUGCUGACGGACACCGGGAACCGCCAGGCGGCCGACAAACUCAUCUGUGACCUGGAUGAGAACAAAGACGGGCGCAUCAGCUUCGAGGAGUACUGGACCUUGAUAGGCGGAAUUGCCAGCCCCAUCGCCCAGAUCAUCCGGCAGCAGGAGCAGAGUGUCAAACACACCAAGUAGUCAGCUGUCUUCAGACCCUCCCUGGGGCCGGGAGCCCCCCAUCCUGCUUCUCCACAGCUCCCCGCUUCUUGCCUCUCUCACUGCCCAGCCCCAGCUUGCCCCAGGCCACCCUGGUUUCCCACUGAGCCAUGCUGGGGUGUGAUAGGGGUGGGAAAGACCCUGUAGGGGGGAGGUGUGAGGCCACUGCAGCCUCGGGGGACUCCUCCUUGCCCUCAGCACCGCGCCAUCCCUGCCCUCAGCCCCGUCCUUGCUGGGCUGCUGGGAAAGAAGCAAAGGGAGAGGCUUCCCCUCAUCUGGGACGUGAAUUCUGUCUGUUCUCAGACCUCAGGGGCAGAAACCUCCUCACAACUGGGACCCCUCUCCUCCUGGAGCUCCCCCUCAACGUCGGGGUGCCUUUCUCCCUGCCCAAGCUGGUGAAGGGUCUGCCCUGCCUGGUGCCCUGGUCCUUCGUGCUCGGGGAGCGGCGCGGUCCCGGCCGGGAAACACCCCUCUGGUUAUUUAUUGCAGCAAUAAACCUUGGA